AUGGGCAUUAAAGGACUUCACGGGCUUCUCAAGUCCAUACAGAAACCAUGUCAUAUUAAGAAGUUCAGUGGACAAACCCUCGGUGUGGACGCAUAUGGAUGGCUGCACCGCGGUACAGUCGCUUGUUCCGUGGAUCUGGUACUGGACAAUCCAACAAGGAAACAUAUCGAGUUCGUCCUCAAUCGAGUCCGGAUGCUUUUGUUCUUUGGAGUAAAACCCUACCUUGUCUUUGAUGGCGACAAUCUUCCCAGCAAGUCAGGCACCGAGCAGGAUCGCUACCGCCGACGCCAAGAAAGCAAGGCACUUGGUCUUGAAUUACAACGAAAGGGACGAAUGCCAGAAGCAUACCAGGAAUUCCAAAAAGCCGUCGACGUUACACCCUACAUGGCCCGGCAGUUGAUUGAGGAACUGAAGCAAAUGAAUGUACAAUAUGUGGUUGCGCCAUAUGAAGCAGAUGCACAACUUGUGUACCUAGAACAGGAAGGUGACAUCGAUGGAAUCAUAUCAGAGGAUUCUGAUUUACUUGUGUUUGGAGCAAAGCGGCUGCUUUCGAAAUUGGACCAACAUGGGGAAUGCAUUGAGAUUAAUCGGGCCGAAUUCAGUGCCUGCCGCGAGGUUAGCUUGGUCGGUUGGAGUGAUCCAGACUUCAGGACUAUGUGCAUUUUGAGCGGUUGUGAUUACUUGGCGAAUAUUCCUAAACUGGGCUUGAAGACUGCUUACCGGGUCGUUCGCAAGCACAGGAGCGUGGAAAAAGCUCUGCGUAUGCUUCAAUUUGAAGGCAACUUUCGUGUUCCGGCCGACUACCUUGCCAACUUCAAGCAAGCAGAGUUGACAUUCCUUUACCAGCGGGUCUUCUGCGCCAAAGCCCAAAAGCUGGUGACCUUAACACCACCGGAAGAAGGUGUGGACCUCGAGGAGUUGCCCUUUAUUGGUGGCGAUUACGAGCCAGAGAUUGCUGCUGGUGUUUCUCGGGGCGAUCUGGAUCCUUCCACCAAGGAACCCAUCGUAUUGAAACCAUUGGCUGCUAGCAAAUGGUCUCAUGGUAUCAACCGCCGCCAGACAUUGGGCUCAUCGUCUGAGCUGAAACCGCGCAAACCUAUCAGCUCAUUUUUCACCCCGAAGAGAACCCCGUUGGCCGAACUGGACCCCAACAGUUUGACUCCAUCUCCGAGUCAGCAGCGACUCCUUGAGCGCAAUGCGAACAACUCUUGGCAAGCCAAUGCCGCACCAUUCCGUUCCAACUCAGUUCGAUCGACGCCUCUUCGGGCAUUUUCUGACCAAGGUCUCAGCCCUAUGAUCAGAAGUGUAGAGCGCUCAUCCUUCCUGACCCAAAGUACAAGGCCAUCAACUUUGCAGCCAACAAAGAGGCAAAGGCUCUGCUCCGAGACCGAAGGGGAUUCUCUACCUGCUUGUUCCCCUGCUCGCAGCCGAUUUUUUGCCCUCACUUCCAAUCAAGCUAGCCCCAGCGGACAGAAACUGUUCAGGUCUAAACGUUCCCGACAAUCAGUGAUCGGCGUCUUCUCUGACGAAGAUGCAGAAGAUAUCAUGUCCAGUAUUCCUGAUCCUAGUCUCAUACCUGGGCCUACUGAGUCUAGACCUGAAAGCAAUCUGGAGGUGGCAGACAAGUCUGGCGAAGUUGGAACUCUCUCCAAAUCUAACAACAAGGAAAGUCCGACCGAAGACAACGUCGAGACACCCCGGGAUAUCACUGAGGCUGCUUCAACAAACUCUCCGGGCUUUGAUCGGGCUUUGGAAUAUCAUGUUGACCGACAAAACUCAGAGGUUCUUUCUAAAUUCACUUUUCGGUCAGAACCAAAGGCCGAGUUAGCUAGUGCUCCAUCGAUAGUCCAGAUUCCUGUGGUUCAGCCUCGGAGACUUGCAACUCCUUCCACGCCAAAGAGCCCAGCGGCCAUCGCUCGGAGCAGCGCUAUUCAGCGACGCCUGACGCCGCUCCAGCGUAUGGGACACACUGCUCUCAGCCGGUCCCGCAGUCUUAAUUUUCCGGCCAAACUCAGGGUCACUCAGCCUGCAGAAACUCAGCCUGCAGAGCGUUCCCCCAUGACAAGAGGGUCCUCUCUCGCAGGAACCCAAGGCAGCGAAGAUCUGAUGGUUCCAGACAGCGACGAGGAAGAGGAGCCUGACACCGGCGUGUCAGCGACUCCAUUGGACCUCAAACGGUUCUCGUUCACAGCAAACUAA